AAUAUGCUACAUUGUUGUAUAUUUUCACAAACGAAUGCUUACAUAAUGAAAGGAUUAAUAAAGUGCUCUAAAAUAAACGUUUUAAUCGACGUAGCAAAAGGCGACAAAGCUUUUAUGUACCUAACAUACAGUGCUCUACUCUGGCGCGAUAAAUGUGCAGUAAUACUCCCUAUUAGGUAAACCGUGGGUAAACCGAACCCACCGAACCUUACACACCUACUUUUACUACUAUUACCUUGCUGCUGUGCUACUAUUACCUACUUUUAAUUGGUAGGUAGCAUUUAACCAACAAACUCUACGAUCAGCUCAUUAUCGACUUUUUCAAUUUACCUGUCAUUAAGUGAUUGAUAUCGUUCUUUUUAAAAGCAAUCCUAAAUUCUGGAAUAAUAAUUUUUGAAUAUCGAUAUUAGGAUGACAUAUGGACAUGCUCCAUAGACAAAUAAAUUAAAUAUACCUUAAUAAUGAGGCAAUGAAGCGAGGCCCCAGAAACUUGAUAUACUUUAUUUUCUUUUUAUACUUCUUACUCCAAGACACUCAUCGUGCAGGAAUCACCGUGUAGUCAAUCAGUAAAUUUUCUACAAUAUCAUGUAGUCCCGUGUAUGUCGUACGAGCCGCCUAAAGUACGCGUAUGUACGAUGUAUCGCCGAUGCCGCCAUCGAUUUUAACCAUAAGCAACAUAAAUAACCACAAAUCUAUUCAUAUGUUGGCUAAAGAAAUAAACGGAAAACAUUUGAAGAUCGCCACUUACAUGAACAAGCCUAUGAACUCCGCGACUCCUGAUCCUCAUAACAAACAAAAACUCAUCGGAAGAGGCGUGGCUUUCUUCAUCAUGGAAAUAUUGCGGCAGAAAUUCAACUUCACAUACGAGAUUGUUCUGGCGAAGAAGAAUAAUAUUAUGGGCGGUCCAAAACCCGAUGAUUCGCUGAUAGGACUAGUUACUACAGGGAAAGUCGACAUGGCAGCCGCGUUUGUCCCAAACAUUCUGGAAUUUCAACAACUGGUGUCCUUCUCCGUGCCCAUAGAGGAGGAGAGCUGGGUCAUGAUCCUGAAGAGGCCCACCGAAUCAGCCGUAGGAGAAGGACUGCUUGCUCCUUUCACUGAUUUUGUUUGGUUUUUAAUCAUAGCUGCAGUUGUGAUCUUCGGCCCGUGUGUCUUCAUUCUAACUCAUAUCCGAGCUAAGCUGAUGCCUGAUGAUAUUCCACCGUUUUCUCUGUUCCACUGCGUCUGGUUCGUGUACGGGUCCCUCUUAAAGCAGGGCACUAACUUGCGUCCCAAGGCUAACACAACUCGAGUGUUAUUUACGACUUGGUGGAUGUUCGUGAUGCUGCUCUCAGCGUUCUACAUGGCGAACCUGACUGCGUUCCUUACGCUCUCACAGUUCACCCUGGAGGUCAAUAGUCCACUCGACUUGAUGAAGAAGAAUUACCCCUGGAUUGCACCCAGCGGGGGCCUUGUGGAGUUCGCGGUGACAAAGCCGACAGGAAACAUGCACUACCUCAACCAAAUGGUCAAGAAAAGGCGGGGACAAUUCCAACAUUAUACUGAAAUCAAUGAUUUCUUUAGAAAAGUUGACAGCGGUGUUGUUUUAAUUAAGUCCAGUACUACUGCUAUAAACGGCCUUUAUCAAAAUUAUGUGAAGAAGACGAAGCAAGGUGUGCCUGAGAAGAAAAGGUGCACUUAUGUGGUCGCUCCUAGACCCUUCACGAAGAAUAUGCGUGGUUUUAUCUACCCUAAGAACAGUAUCUUGAAGACUUUAUUUGAUAGUGUAAUCGGAGUGAUUAUCCAGUCAGGUAUAGUCGAAGAGCUAAAGAAGUUAAAUGUUCCGAACGUGAAGGUUUGUCCCAUGGACCUGCAGACGAAGGAGCGUAAGCUUCAGAUCACAGACCUGGUGAUGACGUACCAGAUUGCUUUAGGAGGAUUGGGUGUUGCCUGCAUGGUCUUUAUCGGAGAAAUCAUCUUAAAUAAACACGUUACACGUAACACUAAGAAUAAUCAGAUCAAAAAUAACAACAGAUCAAAACGCAAUAAAAUAACUGCCUACUCUCAAAGUGACGUUGACAACCCUCCGUCUUACGAUACAAUCUUCGGAAAUAUUUCUAAAAUGAUACCUACUAAAGAUGUCCAUAAGAAGGUUGUUAAUGGCAGAGAGUACCUGGUGGUUGAUUUUCAAGGAGGCAUACGGCUGAUACCGCUUAAGACCACAUCAGCAUUGCUAUACAAACUGGGAAAAGUUUCGACGCACGUCAACGCACGUCAGUGUCAAAACCAACAACGGAGCUAAAACUUGCUGCGGCGUCGCAACGGAGCACGACUGAGCAAUAAAUAUAGCUCUUAGUGAAUAUCUGUAUAACUAUAAUUUGAGAAAUACAUUCUUUAAACCUAAUAAUAUUUUUCGAGGUUGUGUUGUUUAAUCAAUAUGACAUUUUCCCAAAAAUAACGCGUAACCAUAGUCGCG